UAUGGAUAUUCAAACGACCGUUAUCAUCUGUCUUAUCUAACUGUCGUCGAACACAAUAAACGCGGAACGUAAUUUCAAUUUACAAUUUAAGUGAAUUUUUCGUCAAAAAUAAAUACACUACGGUAUUUACGUCAAGUUUUCGUUUUUCAUACGCUUUUGUCACCUGUAGUGUAAUCAUUGUGUAAUUAUUGCAAUUCUCAUUGUGUGCGGUGCGAAUGUAUAUCGUUUCAUUCUACCGGAAAAUCUGUUUACCCAUACACUUUUAAGUUUACAUUAUGGAGAGAUAUUAUAAUAUUGACAUUGACAAGUUAAUCUCAGACCACAAAUUAUCUUAUGAAAAUGAGUGUGAAAAUGUUACUAAUCAACUAAAACAGUUAUAUAAUAACAGAAUAAAACUAUAUGCACAAAAAAUAGAUGAAAACUACAAAAUAUCAAAACAACUUUCUGAUGUUAACACAAAAAUUAGUGAAGGCCGUAAUAAAAAUAGGUUUUUGACUGAAAAAAUUAAAAGUGAACAAGAUAUAGUGCAGGCCGAAUUCAAUCGCUCAGAAUCUAUUAACAAUGAAUGUAGACUUUUGGAAGCUGAAGAAGACAAAUUGAAAGAUAUGAUUGAUACUUCUAAAGGUCAACUUACUAAAAUUCUUAAAGAAAAGAAAGGACUUGUGAAAAAAAUUAAAAGAGAAAUUAAUUCAUUCAAAAGUGGAGUGAAUAUGUAUGAAAAAUUUUUACAGCUUAGUAUGAGUAUUGAAAAUCAUGAAUCAAAUUCUAUUAUUAAAAUUAUCAUGAAAAAUAAUCCCUUAUAUUACAAUAUUAUUCUUGAGGAAAAUGAUAAUGAUUUUAAACUUAUAAAUAUCAUUCCACACAAUCAACACAUUGGUAAGGCAGUAGCAUUGUAUAACCAGAACAAAGAUAUCCAAGGCUUAUUAGCUUACUUGUACCAAACAUAAGAAUAAAUGCAUAUACUUAUUUUUAAAUUUAA